UCCCCGGCAGCCCCGUGAGUGACGAGCCUCGGCCCCCGCCCGCCCAGCGCCCCAAGCUCCUACGCCCCUAGCGCGUCUCCAGCCUGCGGGCACCGGGGCGCCGCUGCUUGGACUUGGGCUCAGGGCCCGCGAGCGAUCGGCGGGGUCGGGUCUUCGCCUCCUUCCCCGGGGCUCUAGGGCUCGCGGGUCUCUCUUCAGUGCGGACUGAGAACCGAAAGCGGAUCGCCCUGGGCUGGGCGGCCGCCUCCCGCCGGAUUCAGCGCGCCCCUCCACGAUCGCCCACCCAGCCACCCAGCUACUUGGUCCCGCCAGGCCGCAGCGGCCUCACGGCGCGCCCGGCCAGGAUGUUCGCUGCGGGGCUGGCUCCCUUCUACGCCUCCAACUUCAGCCUCUGGUCGGCCGCUUACUGUUCUUCGGCCGGCCCGGGCGGCUGCUCCUUCCCCCUGGACCCGGCGGCGGUGAAGAAACCCUCCUUCUGCAUCGCGGACAUCCUGCACGCUGGCGUGGGGGACCCGGGAGCGGCCCCAGAGGGGCUGGCAGGGGCCUCGGCAGCCGCCCUCACCGCACACUUGGGCGCCGCUCACCCGCACGCCUCUUUCCAAGCCGCCGCCAGAUCCCCGCUCCGACCCACCCCGGUGGUGGCGCCCUCCGAAGUCCCUGCUGGCUUCCCGCAGCGGCUGUCUCCGCUCUCAGCUGCCUACCACCACCAUCACCCACAGCAACAACAGCCGCCACAACAGCCACCGCCGCCCCAGCAGCCUCCACCUCCACCCCGAGCCGGCACUCUGCAGCCCCUAGCUGCCGGGGUGCGGGUGAUUCCGAAUCCCCACCAUAGCGGCUCGGCCCCGGCCCCCUCCAGCAAGGACCUCAAAUUUGGAAUUGACCGAAUUUUGUCUGCAGAAUUUGACCCCAAAGUCAAGGAAGGCAACACUCUCAGAGAUCUCACAUCACUGCUAACAGGCGGGAGGCCCUCGGGGGUUCACCUCCCAGGCCUGCAGCCCUCCACGGGCCAGUUCUUCGCAUCUCUAGAUCCUAUUAAUGAGGCCUCUGCCAUCCUGAGUCCAUUAAGCUCCAACCCGAGAAAUUCAGUUCAGCAUCAGUUUCAAGACACGUUUCCAGGUCCCUAUGCUGUACUCACAAAGGACACCAUGCCACAGACCUACAAAAGGAAGCGUUCCUGGUCCCGGGCAGUCUUCUCCAACCUGCAAAGGAAGGGCCUGGAGAAAAGGUUCGAGAUUCAGAAGUAUGUGACCAAGCCAGACCGAAAGCAGCUGGCCGCAAUGCUUGGCCUUACUGAUGCACAGGUGAAGGUAUGGUUCCAGAACCGGCGGAUGAAGUGGAGGCAUUCGAAGGAGGCCCAGGCCCAGAAAGACAAAGACAAGGAGGCCGGCGAGAAACCGUCGGGCGGAAGCGCUGCAGGCGACGGCGAGCAGGAGGAGCGCAGCCCCAGCCGCUCGGAGGGCGAGGUGGAGAGCGAAAGCAGCGACUCCGAGUCCCUGGACAUGGCCCCGAGCGACUCAGAAAGGACUGAGGGAGCUGAGAGGUCUCUGCACCAAACCACAGUCAUCAAGGCCUCGGCCGCGGGCGCCCCGCUACUCGCCAGCGGCGGGGCCAGCGGUGCAAGCGGCAGCUGCGGCACUUUCGGCUUCGGGAGCCUGGGGAACAGCAGCAGCGGCGCGGGGAGCAGCAGCAGCGGCGGCGGCGGCGGCGGCGGCGGCGCGGGGAGCGCCGGCAGCCUGGGCAACAGUGUGGCAGAGCUGCCCCCAGCGCCCCAGCCCCCCCUCAGCAGCGCCCCCAAAAGUCCCGAGCCUGCCCAGGCUACGCUUGGCGGCCUAUAGACAGGAUGACGGUGGAGGGCCCUGGGUGCAGAUCGCCAGCAGGCCCUCGAGGGUGCAUUUUGUGCCACCUUUAUGUCGGCGGUGGGACCAGGGAUAUAGAGUAGGUGGAGCUGGUGCCUCCUUCAUGGCAUUCACACCUUGCCCCGCUCCGACGCUCAAGAGCAGCCCACACUGCAGAGAGUGGAGAGGUCGUAGUACCCAGGCUCUCAGUUCCAGCGAACACUUCUCCCUGGACAGAAGCCACUCACACUGUGAAGAGCUGGACAAAACUGUUCCUCCCGCGCCAGGGGUCCUGGUGCAAAAAAAAUGUGCUGCAUUUUGGAUAC